CAUAAAGCGCCGGCGGCGGCUGCUCUGCGCAGAGGUUGGCAGCGUCCUCCCUCAGCUUCUCUUGUGGCUUUUCCCGCAAAUCCGACCGCAGCACCAGCCACCCCGCCGCCCGGCUGCUGUGCUUAUCCCGAGAGCCAACACCGGUCCCGCCAGUUCGGAGUGCCAUUCCCUGCGCGCAAAUGGAGCUGGACCACAGGACGAGCGGCGGCCUCCACGCCUAUCCCGCGGCACGGGGCGCGCCGGCGGCCAAGCCUAAUGUGAUCCUGCAGAUCGGUAAGUGCCGGGCAGAGAUGCUGGAGCACGUGCGGAGGACCCACCGGCACCUGCUGGCCGAGGUGUCCAAGCAGGUGGAGCGCGAGCUGAAGGGGCUGCACAGGUCGGUGGGCAAGCUGGAGAACAACCUGGACGGCUACGUGCCCACGGGCGACUCGCAGCGCUGGAAGAAGUCCAUCAAGGCCUGUCUCUGCCGCUGCCAGGAGACCAUCGCCAACCUGGAGCGCUGGGUGAAGCGCGAGAUGCACGUGUGGCGAGAAGUCUUCUACCGCCUGGAGAGGUGGGCUGACCGCCUCGAGUCCAUGGGUGGCAAGUACCCAGUGGGCAGCGAGCCGGCCCGCCACACCGUUUCUGUGGGCGUCGGAGGUCCUGAGAGCUACUGCCAUGAGGCUGACGGCUAUGACUACACGGUCAGCCCCUAUGCCAUCACCCCUCCGCCUGCAGCUGGCGAGCUGCCAGGACAGGAACCAGCUGAGGCCCAGCAGUACCCACCAUGGCCGAGUGAGGAUGGGCAGCCAAGCCCUGGAGUGGACACUCAGAUCUUUGAGGACCCACGGGAGUUCCUGAGCCACCUGGAGGAGUACCUGCGGCAGGUGGGCGGCUCUGAGGAGUACUGGCUAUCCCAGAUCCAGAACCACAUGAAUGGGCCAGCCAAGAAGUGGUGGGAAUUCAAGCAAGGAUCAGUGAAGAACUGGGUGGAGUUCAAGAAGGAGUUCCUACAGUACAGCGAAGGCACCCUGUCCCGGGAGGCCAUCCAGCGUGAACUGGACCUGCCGCAGAAGCAAGGAGAGCCACUGGACCAGUUCCUGUGGCGCAAGCGGGACCUGUACCAGACACUAUAUGUGGAUGCCGAGGAAGAGGAGAUCAUCCAGUAUGUGGUGGGCACUUUGCAGCCCAAGCUCAAGCGCUUUCUGCGGCACCCACUGCCCAAGACCCUGGAACAGCUCAUCCAGAGGGGCAUGGAGGUGCAGGAUGGUCUGGAGCAGGCAGCUGAGCCAGCUGGGCCCCAGCUGCCUGCAGAGGAUGAGGCUGAGGCCCUUACACCUGCUCUCACCAGCGAGUCUGUGGCCAGUGACCGGACCCAGCCUGAGUAGUGGGCAUCCCAGAGCUCCCAGCCUGCCUGCCACAUACAGCAUGUGGCUCUUGCCAACUAGGACUUGCCAACUAGCUUUGGCUGACUCACACAGGGGCAGCCCUUGUCCAGCGAGGGCCUCCUGUCUCUGCUCACACAGACACAAGCCAUCCAGCUGUGCACAAGACCCCAAACAGCAAAGGAGGCCCUCCCCUACAGAGCUCCUGCCUUUCACCUUCCCUCUGUCUGUCUUCCUGGCCCUGGCCAUGGCCCUAUUUGAGCUGCAGAGUGGCUCCACCCUCCAUACUCUCAGGCCAUCCCAAGCCAUCCUCAGCUUCAUUUGGCUCCACUGCCUGGGCCUCCUAGGCACUCAAAAUACCAUGCCUGAAGACAGGGGCCAGUGGGGUAUAAGCUCCUGGGGUACCCCAGGGCUGUAACUAAGGCAGAACCAGUGCCAAAGGAACCUCAACUUCCGGAGACAGCACCCCUGGCAAGCACUGCAGAGCCAGCUGACAUGCUCCUCACCUCCCAGAAGAGUUGGUCAGCUUUGGACAGCAUGGCUUCCCUCCCCAGGGAAAGCCAAGACAACAAAUGCAACAGCACCAGCAGUGCCUCCUGGCCCUGAGCACAGUGAUUCAUGCCAGCCUGGAGAAGAAUCAGAACUCAGUUCAGUGACUCACCCAUGGCAGGCAGAGCAUCCCAGAGAGGCUGCAUCCUCAAAUCCGGCUGAGGCAGCAGUCGGUACCUUUGGAGCCAGAAUGACAACAGGUCUCAAGACUGUCUCCAGAGCUUUGCUGUUGCACUUCACACCGUCUCCUUCCCUCUCUCAAAGCAACCUGCACAGAAGUUCCAGAACAGCCGAGAGAGGGCGGCUGCACAGAAGCAGCAGCCUGGCAGAGGGCAGCUCUCCAGCUCAACCCAUGAGCUAGUGAUGAAGACAAGCCAGCAUGAGGGCCAGAGCCUGCCACUAUGCCUGCCCCACUGGCCACCGGCUGCCUAUGCCCAGAGCCAUUGCAGCUGGAGCGGGGCUCUGCUGCCCUGGUAUCCCCCUGCUCGCUGCAUGGCCAUUGCCUGCUACCAGAGCCUUUCAGGAGCUCUGAGGCCAGGGCCCCAGCUGCUGCUCCUGCUUCUGGGCAAUCCCAGGCUCUCUGUCCUGCUCUGCUGUUGCCUAGGAGGGACGCCUGUCACUGCCCCAGCACCAGCACUAUGGUGCUGGGAGCCCUGGUGUCUGCAGCCCAAGCAGGCCCUGGUUAGAGGUUCCUCUUUCUGCCUUACCCACUGCAUUCCAAAUUCUGGGGACCAGCUCUGCAGGUCCAAUCUGUGCCCCUACUAGCCCCGCAGAUUUUAUUCUUUGCCCAUAAGCCAUAACAUUUUUUCAUUGGCUAGCACUAGCCACAUGGUGGCCCUGGGACUUGGGAGGACCCUGGGUACCUCAAGAAGGUGUGACUGCCUCCACCAGACCAAGCCAUGAGUUUCUGGCCAGGAUAUGUACCCCUGCCACCUUACCUUGAAGACAGGCUCUUUUGAUAAGAUUUUGUUAAUAAAACCCUGAAACUUC